AGCGCCCCGACGGGCGGGGAAAAGGGCCGGGAAGUCGCCGCCACCCCGCCAUCCUCCUCGUGUCCCUCGACGGAGGGACCUUCCCGGGAGCCGCCUUAAGCGGUGCAGGGAAAGGAAACUGACUGAGUGCCUGGUGCCAAGUCAGAGGGCAGACCCCCACCUCUCCGGAGGGGCCCCAGAUUUUUCCGACAGGGCCUCUUCCCCAGCCCUGCCUGGAAAUGAUUGAACCUCCUGCGUGAAAAGCAUUCGGUCUACCCCUGAACUAUGACUCUUACCCCAAAAAGUAAGCAAAGAUUCUCGUCCUCAUUAUUCUGAGUAAAGGGUUGAAGCAAUGGGAACAUAAAACGCUGCCUUGUAGCAAGUCAGUCCUUUGUCUAAUGACUGGCAGUGGGGGGUGGCAGGCAGGGGUCUCCCCCCUGGCCCUCCCUGGAGAUGCUGCCAUUGGGGGUUUAGCCCCAGGCCUCCUGCAAGCAGAGAGAGAGAUGCUCUGCAGCUGAACCGUGGUGGCCCCUGCCCUCUUCCUCCGCUGCUGACAAAAACAGGAUGCUGCACUAAAUGAGGCGACUUCCUUCUCCCCCCCCCCCCCCGCCUUCUGAUUAUCCCAUCCAUGGUGCUUCAUCCAUGGCUCCUGAUUCACACAUGCACUUGUGAACCCUCUCAGCCUUCUUUCUAUAUUUUAUUUAGCUCGUAAAGUCUGUACAAUGCUCAAUUGUGAAAGAAAAGCUCAAAGCAGUUCACAAGAAAAUGAUAAAAUGAUCAAUAAGGGGGAAACCCCCAAAAAACAAUAAUUUAAAACUUUUGGAAAGUUAAAGCAGCCAUAGACUAAAAAACAGAUGAACCCCCGCAUCAGUGGUCUAAGCACCUUGAGUUCCCAGAUGCCACAUUCUGACACAAUUUGUUUACUUGUUUGUUUGUUUUGUAUGACACCCUGAUUAGGUAGAAAUACCCACAAUCCACAAAUGAAGUUUUGAAAUAAAUGAUUGUCAAUACAAGGAAGAGAGCCAGGGGUCUUAACUGCACAGCAAAUUUGUGCCAGGGGUCUUGUUUUGUUUUGCAGGAGAAGAGUCCUACUGUGGAGACUGUUCCAAAGUGGGAGGGUGGCACAGAAGACCAGCCCCCAGUGGGACACCUGUCCAGCCGUCCAGUUGCUGUGAGACUCCUGAGAGUCUCCGUGCCAGUGAGACAUGUCCGCCCCUCAGAUCCUGGUCACUGUCUGCGAUGAUGGGGCACCGCCCGAGUUGGACCAAGAUGCCACAGACGAUGGAGGUGGCAGUGGCCCGAGGGUUUCCAGCCCAGAGGUGCUGGAGCCCCUGGAGAAGGAGUGGCUGCAGGCGGCAGCCGGGGGCCACGUGGCCACCCUCAGCCACCUGCUCCAGCAGGAUCCCACCCUCGCCUCCAAGAAGGAUUUCACCUCGGGGGUAAGUCUAGACCCAAGUGGGUCAGAUUGCCUUGGCGUAGCUCUGGGGGGUCCCUGGGGGGGGGUCCCUUCUGCCUCAGGCUACUCUUCUGAUGCUGCCCAUUGCGACUGGGAGUGUGAAGCAAGCCUCCACCUUUCCUGCCCCUGGGGGGUUCAAUGGGUGGGCAGAAGAAGGGCUCCCUUGCUCUUGCUUGGUGGGGGGAGGAAGAGAGGAAGGCUCCCCCCUGGUGACCCCACUGCACUCUCCCCCCAGACAGCCCUCCACUGGGCAGCAAAGCACGGCCAGGAGGAGCUGGUGACCCUCCUCCUGGGGGCCGGGGCCGACGUCAACAUGCGAGCGGGCUACACCCCACUGCACAUUGCAGCUCUACACGGCCACCGACGGCUGAUGGAGUUGCUUAUCUGGACCCACGGUGCCAACCAGGACAUCCGUGAUUACAGCGGUCGCCUGGCCAAGCACUACCUCUGCGUGGAGACCCCGGAGGGAGCCCCCACCCCACGCCAGCUGAGCCCGAUGCGGGGGGAGCGGAGCAGGAACCGGAAGCUGGCCUGCCUCCUCCUGCCCAGGAGCAGCCACCUAGCCCAGCGGAGAUGGGGCUCGGCCAACGACUUGGCAGAAGAGGAGGAAGAGGAGCCCCAGGAGACCCCCCAACGCCUGGCACCCCCAGGCAGCUACCGGGCCGUGCGCAAGUUCUCUCGCUAGACAGACAGACAGACAGACAGAAAGACAGAAAGAAAGAGGCCCCAGGACUCGACCAACCUCUCUCUGAGGGAGAGGCAGUGGUGGUGCAGUGGUUAGAGCAUUGGACCAGGACCUGGGAGAGACCAGGGUUCCGGUCAUUCCACUUGGCCAUGAAGCUCCCAGAGUGACAUUGGGGCCCAGUCACUGCCUCUCAGCCAAGCCUACCUCACAGGGAGAAUGAGGCCAGGCACCUUGAGCUCUGUGCAGAAAAUGUUGGGCUAUAAAUGGAGCAAAUGUUUUGAAUAACUUUUUAUAUACAUUACAGCUGACAGGUGAAGAAUCAGAAGCACUGGCGGAAGGGCCAGUGCUCUCUUUUCUUCUUCCUUUGUAUUUGUUUUUAUUUAAUCAGUUUUUUACCUUUUGCAUUCUAAAAAGAUAUUUUAUCGUUGGUAUUAA